CAUAUUAUAUAUUACAUGUGUAAGGAAGGCUGGAUACAGUGAAGCUGUCAGUGGACCUUAUAAACCCAACAACACGACCAGCCGGUCUAGCGUGUUUAUUAUUGUUAAUAAUGUUGGUAAUAAUGAGAGGCUGCAACACCAGAUUAUUGCUUCAGGGCUGGCAGACACUUAGAUCAGGGAGCACUCGCCUCCAGCAUACUUCUGUAACUUAUCGUCCCAUCACCAAGCUGGUCAUAGCUAAUCGUGGUGAAAUUGCAUGUCGUGUGCAGCGCACUGCUGCUAGAAUGGGCGUGCGAACCGUAGCUGUCUAUUCAGAGCCAGACAAAAACUCCAUGCAUGUUGCUUUGGCAGAUGAAGCUUAUCACAUUGGGGGUGCAGCCUCCCAGGAAUCCUACCUCAGGGGAGAUAGAAUUCUCGAUGUCGUCAGGAGGAGCGGUGCUCAGGCCGUGCACCCUGGCUAUGGCUUCCUCUCCGAGAAUGUUGAAUUUGCAGAGCAGUGUGCAAAGGAAGGCGUAAUUUUUGUCGGCCCACCUGCCACUGCAAUCAGGGACAUGGGAAUCAAGAGUACAUCUAAAAAGAUCAUGUCAGCAGCAUCUGUACCAGUCAUUGGUGGGUACCACGGUGAGGACCAAAGUGACAAGCGACUGUACCAAGAAGCUGAAAAAAUUGGUUUCCCAGUCAUGAUAAAAGCUGUACGAGGAGGUGGUGGCAAGGGUAUGCGUAUUGCCAUGAAAAGGGAAGAAUUUGAAGCACAGCUUGAAUCAGCGAGACGUGAGGCAACUAAAUCUUUUGGUGAUGAUGUCAUGCUCAUUGAAAAGUUUGUGCAGCGACCAAGACACGUAGAAGUUCAGAUUUUUGGCGAUCAUCAUGGUAACUACGUCUAUCUGUUUGAAAGGGAUUGUUCAGUUCAGCGUCGCCAUCAGAAAAUUAUUGAAGAAGCCCCAGCUCCUGGCUUGACGUGGGAAGUUCGCCGAUCACUCGGAGAGGCUGCCGUGCGUGCAGCCCAUGCUGUAGGGUACGUGGGCGCUGGCACUGUGGAGUUUAUCCUGGACUCCUCGCACAACUUCUAUUUCAUGGAGAUGAAUACCCGUCUUCAGGUGGAGCAUCCCGUCUCUGAGAUGAUUACCAGCACUGACCUUGUGGAGUGGCAGCUCAGAGUUGCAGCUGGGGAACCCUUGCCUCAACUACAGGAUGAGAUCAAACUCUCAGGACAUAGCUUUGAAGCCAGGAUAUAUGCUGAGGAUCCUAAAGGUGGCUUCCUACCAGGAGCCGGACCACUAACUCACCUGUCCACACCUCCGCCCAGCAACUGUGUGCGGAUAGAAACUGGUGUGAGGCAGGGGGAUGAAGUGUCUGUCCAUUAUGACCCAAUGAUAGCUAAGCUGGUGGUCUGGGGACAUGACAGGAUGCAUGCACUCAACACUCUUACUGCUUGCCUUACUGACUACAAUAUAGUGGGGCUGAACACCAAUGUUAACUUUCUGCUGAGCUUAGCCUCUCAUCCAAGCUUCGUAGCAGGUGACGUUAGCACAGACUUCAUCCCUGACCAUUAUAAUGACUUGUUCCCAGACAAGAAACCCUCUCACCAUCUAUUUUGCCAAAGUGCAUUGGCUCUGAUACUGGAGGAGGAGCAGGAAGGAGUGCGUGCUGUAGCUGCCACUCAAGAUCCUACCUCUCCUUUCUGCCCUGGAGCAAUACCAAGGAUCAACCACGUUCUCUCUCGCUCCAUAAAUGUCACAUGUGAAGGAACAGAUGAAAGUGUCCAGGUUGAUUACUUAGGAUCGCAAAGGUACCAUAUGACAGUUGGUGGAAAAAGUUUCUCUGUGAGCGGAUUUCUUGUGUGUGACAACGAUGUCCGUCGCUUAACAACUUCCAUUGAUGGAGCUGUAUCUUGUUCUCACAUUGUUAUAGAUAACAGGGAUAUCUAUAUCUUCACACAGAAUGGUGGAUGGAAGAUUUCUGUGGCAGCUCCCAAGUUUGAAACAGAGAUUGGGAAAGCUACUGGUGUGGCAGGUGGAGCAGUUGCCCCAAUGCCAGGGGUGAUUGAGAAGGUGUUUGUCACCCCAGGACAGACUGUAGAGGCUGGUGACCCUCUGGUGGUGAUGAUAGCUAUGAAAAUGGAGUAUGUAAUCAAGGCAGCGAGUGGUGGAGUGGUGGAGAAGGUCCUCUACAGUGAGGGAGACAACGUAGCAAAGAACACUCCUCUCGUCAGGAUGAAGGACACAGAGGAAGACUGAGUCUUUAAUGUAGACUUACACUCAGUUUCCUUACGAAGCUCCUCAAUAUAGUUGGAUUUUUUGUAAAUGUGAUUGAAAAGUGCAUCCAAAUUUUAAUAGUACCAACUUUGUAAGAGAGCUUACUGUAUAUAUCAGCUGAACAAGACAAUGUAAAAUUAUGAAGCACAAAAGUGUGAAAAACUAGUAAAAAUGUAAUGGAUUAAGGUACAUUGCCUUCUUUAAAAAAAACAGAUAAAUUUUAAAAAAGCUAAAGUAUUGUUAAAAUGCCUUGACUAAAUGUAAAAAGUAUAUAGUCCAAAAAUUACUUUUCUGUUGAUGAUUAGUAUUUGUAGUUAACCUUGAUCAUUUUAAAUACCAGGAAUACAUAAUAGCAUACAGUACAAAAUUUACUUCAUUUUUUGCCCAAAGAGAAAAGUAAAAAGUACUGUAUUUAUCUUCCUUCUGCUUUAUCCAAAUUUUCUUGUUAAUUUAUCUUUUGCUUAAUCUCAGAUCUUGGUAUGUAUUAAAAAAAGUAGUUUUUAUUUGUAUAAUUGUCUUUAUUAAAGAGAGGCUUAAUUGGUACAAUACUUGAAAGUUACAUACUGUAAAUAAAUAAAAAUCCACAGUGAAAAUAGGUAAAAUAUCUGAGCGUGAAAAUUCACAUGCUUCCACACGCAUCUUCAGAAGAAUUCCUCCGAAGAUAUGUGUGUAAGCCCAUGACAGCGCUCAGGUGUUUUUCUUAUUUUCACUGGUAUUUUUAUGUUUGCAAUCACAUGUUAAUUGUAAUUUCCUCCAUACUGUAAAUAUAUCUACAGGAUUUUUAACAUUAGUGA